CAUUCUAUAAUUCAAGAUUUAUGUUGUUGUAGUGGUGAUCUACGUCUUUGGCGUUGACGAUGGCGUCUUGUGAUGUUUCCAGUUAGAUUCAUUGUCAUCUGUGUUGUAAUCGAUGUCCUUGUCCAUACUGUUCCUCCGUCUGUAUCGUCCGUCUGUUCAUCCGUCUUUGUCGUCCGUCUGUGUGUUUCUGUAGUGCGGUAAUUGUAGUCGUCGAUUUUUGUCAUCCAUUGUAGCUCAGGUUCUAACAGGAGUUCAUGCCGGUGCUAACACUCGUAGGAUAAAUGAUAUCUUUUAACUGUCUUUUUUAUGAGAGCAAUUCUCAGUCUUUUCUCAAAGCACAUAUCCAUGAUAAAAAUUAAGCGUUUCUCGAUUAGAAAACCGGGUUCUCCACCAUGUCGUGUUGGGAUCGGUAAUUAGGGAAGCGUAAUAAAGGAAACUUUGCAGAAAGUUAUACAGUUCAAAUCACAAAGUAUUUAAUCAUCAGUUGCAGUUGGCAAUUCACACUUUGAAGUACAUGAAGAUUCAGAUAUAACAGGAGACGAUGAAUAUAAUAGUUUCGAAGUAUAUUAAAGAUUAAGAUUCGGAGUGAAGUUAAUAUAAUAUUCGAUGGACGUCUAAGUCUUGAAGUCAGUCAGUCUAUCUGGAUGAGUGUGGGUCUAGUAUUCUAUCGUUCGUCUUCUCUAAUAAUCAAGAAGUCUUAUUUAUAUCAUUUGUUUUGGGGGUGUAACUAUUUUAAGAUGGGAGUGAUCUAAACUUGAUCUGAUUGGUCUACAGGUCACUGUCUAUCAAACUUUCUCUGGUAUCAAGGGGUGUGGUGAUGCUCUGUGCAAGUGACUGGGGCUGGAGUGUGAGUCAUACUUCUUCCAUGAAGUUAGCUACUUUCUGUACACUCUCUUUGUGCCAAUUUCAAUGUGAUAAUAUCAGGAUCAUAUCAUACUCGGUUUCUAUACAUCAGCAGAUAUUAUAUGACUCGUGUGUGCGCUACUUCUUUUCGACAAGAUCAGAUCGACCUAAUAAACCUUAUCGAGUAAUUUUCCACAGAUCCUACACAAAAAGCAGUCUACUCCCAUCUCCCUAGUUUGUUCCAGAUCGAAUUCACGAUGGUGUCGGCUAGAACUUCAUCUGCCAUUUUCAUUCUAUUAUGUAGUGUGGUACACAGUGCAAUGGCUUAUAGAGUCUAUUACGAUUCUUGGUAUCUCUAUGUCUGGAUCCCUUUUUGUCUAAUUAUUGCGAUUAUCCGGGGCUGCUGCUAUUACAACCGGAAGCGAGAACCGGAACAACGAAUUGUCUACGUAGAAGGCGUCCCAGCGGAUCAAACUCAGACAACGACAAUCGACACUACGCAAGUUACUGCAGGAAGUGGCGUAGUGCUUCCACCGGAACAGGCACCACCCUAUGGGCAGCAUCAAGGACCUGUCAUCAAUUCGGCUUACACUCCGGGUCCUGGCAAUGCGUAUCCUCCACAGAACCAAGGAGUGGCGAUGUACCCACCAGCCUCUGGGGCAAAUGCCGCCUACCCUCCUCCUCCAGGGUACGUCGAGGCCGUCAAACUUCCCAACUACCAGUCAAGUUAGAAGUUAUUCAACAAAAAUAUUGUUUUAAAUUGAUAUCCCAGUACUAACGAAGCAGUCUUUAACCGGAAAGAUGUAAUGAUCUUCGGGAACCUUGGAAUUAUCUGUUUAAGUAACCCCCAAA